UUCUGUGUCUAUCUCGGUUGCUGGCACCAAAGCGCUCUUCCCACUCUUCAACCUCCCUUCAUCUUUACCUUCCUCUGCCGUUACCUGCGUUUACCUGCCCCCUCCAUGCCAGCCAGCCAGCAACCCUCCAUUCCCCAGCCAGGUUAAGAACCCAAGCCGUAACAGCAUUAACACGGUGGUGCAGAGAUUUGUGUCCACUCCAAGAAUCCCAUGAAAACAAAACCGGACUGAUGCGAAGCAUUCGAGUUGCGCGACAGCGUACAGCUGGGCCGGAUGGUUCAGGAGUCGGACGCUGCGCUGGUAACACUGAAAUCCUGGUUCUGGGUUUCAUCCAUCCCAGAUCCCUCUCAAGUGCAAUCGGCUGGUUCGUGUGCGGUGGGGGUAAAGCGUGGGUACUCCCUCGUCUUCCCGAGAAGCGGGAAGAUCCUUCUGCCACUUCCUCGUGGCACGCAAGGUCCUCGUCGCUACUUGCCGAACUGAAGCGUUUGGUUGGCCACGCCAACACCCGAGGAUUUGCCAAAGAGGGCAGCGUCAAUUGGGUAUUUUGGACAGAGGAAGAUUUGAUAUUGUGAUCCUCGCCCUAAACACGCACGCAUGUGUAAGCACACACGGGCAGAUGCACGCACGCACAAGCCCAAUGAGUCUUUACCCGGUCCACUGAUUUCCAGGGGGAUGAAUUGCAGCACGGGUCUGUAGAGUUCGUUGGUACCAAGGUGGAGUGAUAUUCAGCGGCAGGGCUGCACACCCCCCCCCCCCGCCUUCCCAGUCGUGGUGGAUUUUGGGAGAGAUUUAGGGGGUGUUGGUGUGGAGUAGGGUGAGAUUUUCUUGGUCCUUUACUGGGCCUGGGUAAAAGUGGUGGUGGGGUUGGUGAUUGCAGGAAAGCAGACUUAAUAGAAAGCGAGAAAGUUGAUUGUGCUUUUGUUUACUUUUUUUUUCGUUAGUAUUCACAACUAUUCAAAGAAAUGGAAUUUUUAAAUAUCGUGCGUUUUAUGUUCCAGCUAAUUUAGCUUAUUUAUUGCCAUGCGUAAAUAUAACACGUAUUUAUAUUUGUAUAUAUUUUUCUGAAGCACGACUUUUAUUUAAUUUGUUUUCAACUCCAUAAAGGGACACAACCAUUCGCCCACACAUUCCACGAGCACAACAGAGGGGCCGAGAGUGAGAGACUGAGAAAGAGACGAGGGGGAGAUCGAGAAAGAGAGAGAGAGAGAUACGCAGACCGAGAGAAUACGCAGGUAGAGAGAGACCGAGAGAGACAGAGACAAGCGGACUAAGAACUGUAGACCCAACAAGCCAGGAGCUCGGGCGCUUGCCAGGAGGGCCGAGUUUGCGUGCGGCAGUGCGGCCGCUGGGGCCCUGCACGUGGCAAUGGCCGAGCGACUGGAAGGCGUGGACAUCGCCAUCGUGGGCAUCUACUUCGUGCUGGUGUUCGCGGUCGGCGUGUGGGCCAUGCGGCGCUCCAACCGGGCCAGCGUGAGCGGCUACUUCCUGGCGGGGCGUGCCAUGGCCUGGCUGCCCGUGGGCGCGUCGCUCUUUGUCAGCAACAUCGGCAGCGAGCACUUCAUCGGCCUGGCGGGCUCGGGCGCGGCCAGCGGCCUCGCCGUCGCCGCCUGGGAGCUGAACGCCCUGCUGCUGCUGCAGCUCCUCAGCUGGGUCUUCUACCCCGUCUACCUGGCCACAGGCGUGUGCACCAUGCCCGGCUACCUGGCACGGCGCUUCGGCGGUCGGCGCCUACGCGUCUACCUGGUGGUGCUGUCGCUGCUGCUCUACGUGCUCACCAAGGUGUCGGUGGACCUGUACGCGGGCGCAGUCUUCAUCCAGCAGUCCCUCGGCUGGGACCUCUACGUGUCCAUCGUGUCGCUCAUCGGCGCCACGGCGCUGCUCACGAUGGCCGGGGGGCUCGCCGCCGUCAUCUACACGGACACGCUGCAGGCGGCGCUCAUGGUGGCCGGAGCGCUCACGCUCAUGGUGCUUGGCCUCAUCAAGGUGGGCGGCCUGCAGAAUGUGUGGAGCGGCUACAUGGAGGCCGUGCCCAACGUGACGGCCAUCCGCGCCGCCUACAACCUAUCGGCGGGCCCCUUGUGCGAGGAGGCCAUCGCCCGGCCGCACGCCGACUCGCUCAAGGUGCUGCGGGGACCCUGGGACAGCGAGACGCCAUGGCCCGGCUUCCUGCUGGGCCAGACGCCGGCCUCCAUCUGGUACUGGUGCACGGACCAGGUGAUCGUGCAGCGCAUGCUGGCGGCACGCGACCACUCCAACGCCAAGGGGGCGACGCUGCUCGCCGGCGCGCUCAAGAUCCUGCCCAUGUUCGCGAUCGUGGUGCCGGGCAUGAUCGCGCGCAUCCUCAUGCCCGACGAGCUGGCGUGCGUGUCGCCCGAGCACUGCGCCGCCGUGUGCGGCAACCCGGCGGGCUGCUCCAACGUCGCGUACCCGCGUCUCGUGCUCGCCGUGAUGCCCACGGGCCUGCGCGGCCUCAUGAUGGCCGUGAUCGUGGCGGCGCUCAUGAGCGACCUCGACUCGAUCUUCAACAGCGCGAGCAGCAUCUUCACUCUGGAUAUCUACAGGCACGCGCGCGGAGCGUCGCGCGUCUCCUCGCGGGAGCUCAUGAUCGUCGGCCGCCUCUGGGUCGUGGUGAUGAUGGCGGUGAGCGUGGCGUGGGUGCCCGUGGUGGUGUCCAUGCAGGGCGGGCAGAUGUUCCUCUACAUCCAGGAGAUGGCCGGGUACCUGACGCCGCCCGUCGCCGCGAUAUUCCUGCUCGGCGUCUUUUGGAAGCGCUGCAACGAGAAGGGCGCCUUCUGCGGCGGCCUCGUGGGCUCCACGCUGGGCUUCGCGCGCCUGCUGCUCGCGUUCAUCUACCCGCCGCCCGACUGCACGCAGCCCCACGACGACCGCCCGUUCGUCGUCCGGAGCAUCCACUACAUGUACACGGCGGCUGCGCUCUUCUGGACCACUGUGGCGGUGGGCAUCGUCGCCAGCCUGCUGUCCGACCCACCGUCCAGGGAGUGCGUGGCCAACACGACCUUCUGGACGUACUCGGACCCGCCGGCCUCCUCCUCGCCCUCCUCCUCCACCGCCGACGACGACGACGAUUACGACGGCGACGGCAAGAAGCGCAAACGGGCGCUGGGCAACGGGGUCACGUGCGCCGAGACGCUCAAACUCGUGCGCAAGGGGGACGAGCGAGCGGCCGCUCCCACUUGCACCUCGGCGGACGACCGCGGCGGCGAUGACGGAAGCCGGCCGCCGGUCGUCGUCGUCGUCGUGACGGAGAACGGCCGCCCCCAGCCGGCGCUGACACCCGACAGCGCCGCUGAGACCCCCGGCCACGGCGGCGCCGCGGCGGUGGACGAAGAGUGGCCGCUCGGCGGCGAGCGGUCGCGGCGGGCCGGCGGCGCCCGCGACGGCUCUGGCCGCCGCGAGAACGUGCGGAGGGGCCUCCUGAAGGCCGUCAACUGGUUGUGCGGCACGGGGAGGGACCCGGACGAGGCGGGCGGCGACGGCGCGCCGGGGAAGCCCUCGGUGGGGCUGCUCGGCGAGGAUCUGGCCCAGAGGCUGCGGCUGCUGGAGGAGCGGCCGGUGGACAAGGCCGUGCUCAACGUGGGCCUUUGCCUCAUCUGCUCGGUGGGGGUCUUCCUCUACGUCUACUUCUCGGUGUGACGAUGCCGCUGCCGGCGUCGUUGCGCGCCGACUGAAGGCCGACAGACACCUCCCCGCCCCCCCGCCCGUCGUGAAAUCCGCUGGUCCCCCGAGUCCUUCGCCCGCACCCCGAUCCAUCGCCCAGCCCGCCGCCACGUGGCACGCGCGAUGAGCUUCUCCGUCGAAGAUCGAGGGGAGGCGCGGACGCGUCGCGCCUGCCUGCCGGGAGGCUGGGGGAAGCUCCGUCGUGCUCCGAGGCUUUCGUAGCCCUGAGACUCUGCACUCGGCACCGAGUAGUAUAAAUGCGUUUGUUGCGAAGUGUUUUGUUUUGUUUAACUCGUUGAAUUUCGGCGCCUAAGGAUUUGUUGAAAUGCACUUACGGGGGAUCGCGCGCGUCAAUUGGACCAAACUAUUCCAAUUUAACGUUGUUUUAUUUGAUGCUUUAUUCUGGCGGAACAAGCACUUCGGUGCGGUGGAGAAGACCGGGCCCCUGCCAUUGUAAUGUGGAAUCUUUCCAGCAUUGGCAGAUGGCCAAUGACGAUUACCACCACCCCCCCACCCCCUGCUUACUUGAGAAGGGAGCAUUCUAACUUUUUGAAACAAUUACGCGCGAUAGGCAUCAGCAGGCACACGGUGUCCUUGGUGAUGUCCAACAGUGAGGGUCGGUGGUUCCUUCCGUUGGUCAAACUGCCGCAGGGCAAUAAUUGGUGCACAAGUGGCAGGAUUCUCUGCAAUGGCAUGCGCUUCUGGUACCAAACAACCACUGUUCCUGCCCCUUAGAGGUUAUAGAUUUUUACACUGCACCCUUAUAAACUACAAGCUAUUUUUCUUUCAGAGGCGACCAGGCCACAAAUGAUAGCUCAACAAAGUGGCUUAUCCUGUGGAAAUUUAUAGCAGCCAAAUACUCUUUCAAAAAACGGGGGACCCGGAGAAAAAUCCUCCACGACCACGGGGAGAACAUGCAAACUUCAAAUAUACAGGCGGCAGGGUCAGGAUCGAACCCACGACCUCCUGUAUACCAGGCGAGGUAUUAAUAUUUGGUCAUCAGGGUGCCCCUGAAUCUAACGAGGCUGAUGACCCGUAGACAUUCAUCGGACCUUGUGAUUUGCCGUUCCUGAGAGGUGAGAGCCCCAUUUGAGAUUCAUCGUCCUGUGUGAUUGAUGUGCGUUCAACCGUAUUGGAACCCAUUGAGGGUGCAUUCUCGCGUGGUUGAUGUCCUGAAAUGAACCAGGUGAGAGCCCCGUUGAGAUACAUUACACUGGUCAACACACUUUUUCUGGCAUAAGGUAUUCCAAUGGUUUUAAGGUAAUUUUGGGGUGCUGAUUCCAAAUCUGGCAUCAGUUUUUGUCUAUCACAUCAGGUUUUUGACAUAUCAAAUAUUGCAUUUUCAAUAAAAACUGCAGAAGAAAAAUAUUAAAUAAAUGUGGAUAUCUACAUAAAAUUAUAUUACAAACACACUAUCCUACAAAUACAGCACCAUAUUUUAACACUAAAGCAGUCACUGACUCGGAACAACCUGCAAUCAUAAGUGACAGAGUUAAUUUCGGGUAAAAUCAAUGAAAAUGGGGUAUGCCGAUAGCAUAAAAUGAAAUGUGAUAGAGAAAAUCUGAGAUCAGAUUUGGAAUUAGCACCCUAAAAUUAGUCUAAUACAGCUGCAAAAGUCCAGGCCAGAAUUUUUUGUUGUUGACCAGUGUUAUCUCUUUGGCUUGAUGUCAGAAUCAGAAUAUUUAUUUAUACUGCAGGAGGAAUCUCCGAUCUUUCGCAGAUGUCCAGUCGGGGCGUGCGGUCGGAACGUUACAGCAACAAACGGUUACAAAAACACGACGGGUGAUAUUCAAGUUUAGAUACCGUUAUCUCUCGUGAUGUCCUUGCUUUCACCAGGUGAUCGUCCAUCUAGGUACACUAUCACCUGUAAUCAUGGUCAUUUAUGUAACCAUUUAAAGACAGAAUCCUCCCCACCCCGUAUAGUCUGUAACAGAUUGUCGGGGCUAGUGCUGUUUGCGAACACCUAUGAAGGCUGGCACUGCACACGAGGGGGUGGGUGGCCAGCACCACGCCUUUAUCUCCCCAGUGGCGAUGUUUACACAUCACACCAGGCUGAGUCGACCUAGGGCAGGGGUGGGGAACGUCCGGCCCGCGGGCCGUAUGAGGCCCGCGAAAUCAUUUGAUCUGGCCCUGCCAAGGCAACCGCACCACUCGAAAUUCAAUCAAUCUAGGAGCUUUUUUCACAGCAACAUAAAUUUAAUUUUGUAUGGCCCGCGAAUGAUGUUAUAAAUAUCCAAAUGGCCCUUGGCAGAAAAAAGGUUCCCCACCCCUGACCUAGGGGAUGAGGCCCAGGGACCGGUUCGGAUAAUGGUCACUAGUGUUGGCCACGAGCGGGAAUCGAACUCGGGCCGCCGGGUUCGUAGCGCAGCGCGCUAAUCGCUACAGCCACCGCACAUGCGUUGUCUCCUGCGAUUUGCAUACUUAAAUCAACCAGGCAAUCGCCCGAUGAGAAUAAGACGCGUUAACAUAUCAUCCGCAAAUAUCUGGUAACGUGGGGGUUGCAAGCAUGCGAUUGUUAGUGUUAGAAUUUUCACAUGCAAUCAUGUGAUCGUUGGCCAUUCCUGGCUUUUUCACUCGGCACAUAGAAACCGGUGUUGCCAGAUCAGAGAUUCUUCCUCUUAGGAUUUUAACAUAGCAACCACGAAAGCCAGGUUUAUAAACUCGUGAAAAACUAGAGGGGGGUAGGGGGUUAAGAACAGUAGGGUUUCACGCCCGCCCCCCCAACAGUCUACCUAUAAUUCAGAAUCGAUAUUUGGAUUACGGUAAUCCCACGUAUUGAUCCGACAAAAUGUUGCGUCGUAAAGUAACCCCCUCCACUACCACCCGACACAGCCAAACGCGUGAAAUAGCCACGUGCAAAACGCAUUUCAUGAUUCUAGAUUUGAAGCUUUCGUGACUGCAAGGAUUCAUACUCUUAGGUUGUUUCGGUAAAGUCACGUAGGUAAAAAAUAAAAUAAAAAUUAAUAGAAGUAACAAUAAUUUGUGAUUUAUUAUUUUAUUUCUAUUAUCACUUCUAUUAAUUUUAUUUUUUACCUACGUGACUUUACCGAAAAAACCUAAGAGGUACGCAUUUCGUGAGCCAAGUUAUUUUUGUUUUCUUCAGCACGCUGGUGGCUCGCAGCCACCGGUGAACUGUAGAAAACAAGAUGUCAUGACCAUUUUAAAUUGCCACCUUUUAAACGCAUGUACACGUGUGACGACAGGUCUGGUGGUGGUGGGAAGGUCUUGUGACAUAUUUGGUCGGAUCAUAGGAGAGGGGGGGGGGUCCUGAACCAGACGUCCAUGAAAAAAAAUCGUAAUACUGUACUGGCUGUUGCAAACCUCAGUGUUAGAGCGUUGUCUCCGCGUGUUUGUGCGUGCGUGUAUGUCCACAAUCUGAAGACCUCUACCGAUCUCGUCUAGGAGCACAAACCAUCAUCGCGCGAACUCCGCUCAUCCUCGCAGCAGUGGCGCGCUUUCAGACGCGCUUCUGUGGCCGUCUGGAACGCUCUUCCUUCCGAUAUUAGGAAGCCACUGGAGCUAUGCACUUUCAAAUUGUAUAGAUAGACACAUUUUUUUUGAAUUUAUUUUUGUGUUUAGCUCGUUGUCCUUCCCUCCCGCACCUCCGAUCAGCACAGUUGGCAACGCACCGUGCAAAAGAAGUUAAACAUACGUACAUUCUUUUCGAUUUAAAGCUUUCGUGACUGCAGGGAUUCAUCUUCUUGGUUCUUUCGGUAAAGUCACGUAGAAGGGAAAUAAUAAAAUAAUAAAAAUAAAACAAAAUAAUUCUCACGACGUUUCGGCCACAACGCAAGUAGCCGUCCUCAGGUAGAGAACAGGUCUGUCGCUCUUCGCCCCUCCAUCCCAGCUUAAAUAGUCGCUCCAAGCCUGGGGCUUGUCAUUCAGACUCUGUCUCCUCGACAGACCUGUUCUCUACCUGAGGACGGCUACUUGCGUUGUGGCCGAAACGUCGUGAGAAUUAUUUUAUUAUGUUUUAAUGUUAUUAUUUUAUUAUUUCCAUUCUACGUGACUUCACCGAAAGAACCAAUAAGACGUACAUUAUUUGUUGGCCAUGCAACCCCCAUGACUUGAUAAUGGCACGAGCCGGCCUGCGGCCAGCAGCAGACUGACAAGGCGCUGCCAACUUAUUUAUACUGUCUAAAGUGUUUGACUCUACGCCAAAUCCAUUGUGGGCUCUGCAGAGGUCGUAAACGGGUUUUGAUUCCUUACCCGUACCCGGCCGCACCAGGGUCGCAAACGGGUACCCGUACCCGGCCGUACCCGUACCCUACCCGAUACCCGGCCGGGUACGGGUAGGGUACGGGUAUCGGGUACCCGAUUGCGACCUCUGGGAUGAAGCCAUGUUGCAGGCGCGGGUGGGUUGAUUCUAGGAACUUGAAUUGUGAGAAGAGACAAGACGUUGGGAAAUGAGUGACAAACGGUUACUCACCAGUGACUGGCGACCUACCUGUACCCGUACCCGGCUGGGUACGGGUAGCCGGGUAUCGGGUAGGGUACGGGUAUCGGGUACCCGAUUGCGACCUCUGGGGCUCUGUUCGUCCGUGUGCAGAGUAGUCGUGUUGCUAUCGGGAGACUUGCCCUCUAGGAAGGCGGCAGCCACGCUGACCGAUGAGCUUCCCCCUCCAGCUGCGCGGCCUACGAACUCGCCAGGCGCCACGGUGGCUGGGAGAUGUUAACUGCCUCGCCUGGUAUACAGGAGGUCGUGAGUUCGAUCCCGACCCUGUGACGCCUGUUGUAUAUUUGGUGUUUGCUUGUCUCUCUCUCUCUCCCCGUGGUCGCGUGGAUUUUUCUCCGGGUCCUCCUGUUUCUCCCUCCGCAUCUAGAAACAUGCGCUGAGAGUAUUUGGCUGCUAUAAAUUUCCACGCGAUGAGCCACAUCGUUGACCUAUCGUAUUUGUGAUAGCCAGUGUGGCCUUACAGCUGGUAUAUAUAUAUAUUUUGUUUGUUUAAAUAGUUUAGUUUACUGCGCGACUGCUGCCGGUCUAGAGUCACUGUUUGAAAUCCCGAAUGAAGAUGAAUGCUUUGG